GUUCAGGCAGGCUCAGACUCCGCAUGCGCUCCAUGGCCGCGGCCGCCAUGCCCUGCCAGCCCGUGUGCGCCAAGCGCAGGCGCGCGGGACGGCCGAAGGACCUGCCGGUGUACGUCUGCGAGUACCACCACGAGGCGUUGAGGUGUCUCCAUCAUGCCAUCCGACGCCGUUGGCUGCCCUUCAGCGACCUGACGAUGGUGCACCUGGACGCGCAUCCCGACCUUGCCGCAUCGACCACUCUGCCCGCAGAGACGAUCUUCCAGUCGCCGCCAGACGUCUACUUCGAGAUGCAAAAGGACCCGGGCGGCAUCGCCCAGUGGAUCCUGCCGGCCGUGUACGGCGGCCACUUCUCGUGCGUCUGGUGGGUCCGCCCCGCGUGGGCCGAGCAGAUCGACGAUGGCGAAUACAACAUCGCCGUCGGCCGAGCGGCCCGCUCGCCCGCGGCGGCAGCGGCGGCGCCCGAUCCGAGGGCGCGGGACGCGCGCGCGCAGGGUCCUCCGAGGCAAGCGGCCGCCUUGGAGGCGCGGCUGGAGGAGGAGCCCGUGGAGACCCUGCGGAUCAGCUGCGCGGCCCCGUAUUUUGUGGAGGACGGGACGUACUGCCCGGAGGCGGAGCUGCGGGACCCGAAGCCGCUGCGCCUGCUGGUGUCGGAGCUGCCUCGCGCAGGCCCGGACCGCGGGUGGGAGUGGCUGUCCACCGCCGCGUCCGCGUGGACGUUGGACGUGUGUCUGGCGGACUCGGUCACCGAGCAGGGUGCAGAGCAAGUGCUCGACCGGCAGGACGAGUUUGCCUCGCAAGUGGCGGACUUCGCGUGCGGGAAUCCUUUUGUGUGCGGCGUGCGGCCGCACAUAGCAGCGGCGCUGUCCGCCGUCCAGAACGGUGCGAGCUUUCGGCAGGCGGAGGUCACGGACGUGGCGAAGUUCAUGUCUGACGGCAAGGCCUUUGAUGCUGCGUACAACGCGCUGCUCCGUAGCAGCAUGGACGCCGAGCCCGACCCAGAGCUGCUGCGGGCCUUGGGCGAGCUGCUGCCAGGCGACCGCCGCGCCGAGCUGCUGGAAGCGCUGGGGGACGCGCUGGCCGAGGCGGGCGCCUCGGAGCUCCAGCAGCUCUUGGAGGCCGGCGACAUGGUGACGCUGCCGCUCAGCAGGCCGUCCUCCGAGGAGGAGCUCGCCGUCCCGCUGGCCGACUUCGAGCGCUUCCUCGCGCGCCUGAUCGCCGAGCCGCCACCGCGCGGCAUGGGGUGCUCGCCGGCCGCCGUGACGGUGGCCAGGUCGGUCGUGGACGGCUUCUGCCCGAUGCGCUGGCUCUGUACGCUGGAGGCGGGUGUGCUCGGCGCGGUGCGGCGCUGCGUCGGCGAGGUGCAGGUGAUCUACUCUGACGAGCUGGACCUGCUGGACCGCGGCUGA